AAGAUCACGAAAAUCUCUCAGAUAGACCAAAACAUAACAAGCACAUUGAUUGAACCCUAUUUCUAGCAAAACCAUUGACAAGAAUAAUUUGUCCUAGUUCUCGGCAUGACACACCUGUCACCAUGGAUCAGGGGGUAGUGAGAGUCCUCAAUGGCGGAUGGAUGGAUGGGCUUACGCGAGAUGCCGUGACGCGACCCGAUACGAGCACGAUCCUACGCGAGACUCUCUACGAACCAUGGGACCUCUUUACUAGACUCGAUAAAGAAGACGCCACCUCGGCCGAGCCCGUGACUUUGCUACACGACGUUUGUUCUGGGCACGACUCUUCAGAAAAGAACUGCUCAGUCGUAUGCACAAGUUCAGAUGAUCUAUUCUCCUCUUGGAAGACUCUGUGGCAAUGCCUCUCCCUGACGUCGUUAACUCUCGCAAACUCGACGUUCUCUACACUUGAUCAACACCAUAGUGGGGUUGGAAAUGGAACCUCAAGGGAACAGAUCAUGAGUGCCUUGUCAUCUUUUGGCAUUACCAAUGGGACCGAUUUUGAUGGGAAUACGGUUCUCAAUCUCACAUAUGAGUGUGCGGCUGCGAGCUGUCGCGAUACAAGUAUGGGAGAGUGCUCUAUUGGCCAACUUGGCCCUGGUUACUUUGAGAGUGAGACUAUCCAGUGGAUCAAAGUGUACGAGGCUCUUGAGCCGUUAUGCGGUGGACUAGAAAGCGAUUUCAAUAUCGAUAUUGCUGGGCCUGGAGUACUAAUAACAUACAUCACCCAAACAGCCAUGGUAGUCUUCGCUUGGUUAUUCUUCCUACUACUAAAAGUCAACAAGUUCAUCAACACUUCAGCCUCGAUCUUCACUCACCUCUUCCGCAAAAGAAACCCAGGACCCAAUCUCUUGACCCAUCGUGUAUCAGGUCUUGAACGGCUUGAGCGCACGAAUCUUGCGCAUGCGACGAGCACCUUUCUCGCAGAGCUUCACGAAGCACAAUGCUUCUUCGUUGUCGCCAUCGAGAUAGCCCUGAUAAAUGCGAGUUCACGAUCAGCUAUCUUCACUGGCGCAGAGAACUGGCAGAGUCUUCUUUGGAACCGUGAUAGCAUCCAGUUCUUGGCAGGUAUGGGAGCUUGGCCUAUCAUUUUGGGUCAGAUCUCCCUCCGAAGAGCUGAGCUAGACUCGAUAUACUACCUGCUUCUGUCAACGCUUGCUUUGGUACUCGCUGGUGUUGCAGCUGAUACAGCUGCGAAUCCGGAUCCUGAUCGGAUAUACAAGAUAUUUCAAGGGCAGAAUACACUUGAAGAAUGCGGCGGCCAUCCUUCACUUCGAACCUUCUGCGUGGAAGAGCGAGAGAGUAUAUACUGGUAUGUAUUUCCGGCGGCAAGUAUAUACGCGUUCCUUGGAUUACUUACUAUCCUAUGGUGGGCUAAGAUAUGGAGUCUGUGCAACUCCCCAGCAUGGUUCCUCCGAAAGCACAAGUCGCUAUCGAAACGACAACUUGAGACAUGGGAAUGGAUCAAAUGUGUCGUUAUAAAAGCCUCUCUACUCGCAAUCCACAUUGCUGAAGCUGGUGCUCUUGCUUGCAUAUGCUUUGGUCUCGCAGUAAUUCGUGCACCGCUGCUGAAUCUGCUGCUACGAGGCGAGACGGGGACUUGGAGCGUUGGACAACUUGUGGCUGUGUUGAUUUGGGCACCGGUGAUAGCGAAAUAUGCUCAUCUGGCUAUUCUCGGCGUUGAGAAGGGUUUCAGACCUCGCUUAUCUAAAGCUUUUGAGAUUGUGAAGAGGUCGGACACAAGAUCUGGAAGUGAUAAUGAGGCAAUAUCUUUGAACUGAGCAAGUAUACAUGACUUUUCUACGUUCUCGAUUUGGGUAAUUAUGUCGAUCACUUCAAUAGCCGACUUCGUCCAGUAAACUAUAAUUCACCAAUGCAGGGGUAAUAGUUUGGUUUGUUCUGGUCACAUCAGAGGUUGGCAUAGGCCUCUGACUUCACUGGGGUAGAUUGCUUUGCCCUCGGUCAGUCCUUACCUGUCAGCUCUAAGUAAUUACAGGAUCACGUCAAAGUAAAAG